CACAGACACUGCACCACUGAAGUAAGAUAAUAAGGAGGAAGUAGACUGAUAAGUAGUAGUAGUAGUAAGUAGUUAUAAAUAUAACAUCAGGAAACACUGCUAUGUUCACUCUUCACCCGAAAGAGGAACCGACACAACCAGCAGCUGAAUUUUCUCUCAGAUUAUUUCAGCAUCUUAGACCAACAAAAUGAAGAGCUUCUUUCUACUCGUCCUCCUAUUAAUUACAGGUUGUGAGCUCCAGAGUAAACCGAAAGGAUGCAACAAGUGGGCAGAAUUCAUUUGCAGUCCUAAAACAAAUGGAAUAUACCAAAUGUCUGAAGCAACUAAUCGCAAAUCAAGAACUUUAGAAAAGACUCUCAAGGUGAUCAUCAAAGAUGGUGAUAACAAAAAGACACCUAAGUGUUGGAAAAAAGAUACACUGUCCUCUGGCUUGUAUGGAGGAGAUUUUAAAAUUGAAAAAGCCUGUCCAAACCCACAUAUUCAAACAGCAUAUAGAACAGCUAAAACUACAAUCAAAUGUGAUCACAAGGACAUGUCCAGGGCUGUUUUUUUCUGCAAAGAAAAGGAAAAUUGUAUUUGCGAGGACUUUCAAACAACAUCCUCUCUAAAGUCAGACAAGACGUUCACUCUCACAGAAACAGGAAGUGGUUUCAAUCUGUCCAUCAGCAAUGUGUCCUCACGUCAUGCUGGUUUUUACUGGUGUGGAGUGAAAGAAGGAGACAAAUAUUGUGUGUCUCUUAUACAACUAAAAGUUAACACAAUCACCAACUUCACAAGAUCACCACGUGUUGGAGAGACCUUUACAUACUAUUGUAAUUAUAAGAAUUGCCACUCUUCAAAAUUCAUCUGUAAGGGAGAAGAUCCAGCCACAUGUCAACAUCUUGUAAACAGCACAAAGCCUGAUAUGAGUUCAAAGUUUUCCAUGAAAGAUGAUAAAGCAAACAAGAAAAUCACCAUAACAAUGAAAGAGGUGACAGCAGCCGACUCUGGGACAUACUGGUGUGGAGCAGAAACCACUGAUGAACAACGCUGCAACACUUUCAUCCACAGAAUGAUCUUAAAUGUUGUAACCACAUCACCUGCUCCUUCAGACCACUCAACGACUACAUCACCUGCUCCUUCAGACCACUCAACGACUACACCAGCUGAGAGAAUGAUUGGUAUUCCUGAGAUAGCAAAAUAUCUGAUCGUUGGUGCAGUUUUGCUGAUUCUGCUGUUGGUGACUGUUAUUGUUUUCUACAAACGAUUCUCACAGUCAAACAACAAAGGAAAGAGAGCUGCAGAACAGCAUCCCAGAGAAGUUAGUAAUUGUGUCUAUGAGGAGAUACAGGAGAACCACUGGAAGCCAGAGCCACAAAAUGCAAUGACUACCGUCUACACCACCGCAACGAUGCCCUCAAGAGAACCUGACUCUCUGCAUUACUCAACUAUAAACUUUCAAAGCAGCUCAGCUGGUACACAGGCUGUUGCCCUUCAACCCAGCUCGUCUUCCUGCCUGUAUUCUGCUGUGAAGCCCAGCGAGAGGCCAACUGGCUCCACCAUAAACCAGCCUUGCAGAUCUACAGACAAAUCUCUCUACUCGACAGUGAUGAAGCCACAACAGACAUGAAGAGAUCAGCUUAGUCAAGAUUAGCAAAAUUUUUUCACCAUAAACACGUGUUCUUGCUUCAGCUUCACAACACUGCUCCAGAAGGGGGAAAGAAAUGUGCAGUAGCUGAAAAGUCAUUCCUACCAUAUUGUCUUUGUUUCACAGAAUUACUAUAGAAGCCUAAAACAAACUUUGUUUUGCAUUUUAUUUUUGCGGCUUUAAAUUUGUAAAGACAAAACAUGUCAUUGCAUUGUUGCUAAUCAUAUGUCACUGUUUUCAUCUGCCGCUUCCAUGUCAUAACUGGAGUUUUAAGUGAAAAUUUUAAAUUUGAAUUUAACUGAAUAUUACAGUUUCAGUGCAUAAGUGCAGAGAUUACAAUUCUGCUUUUUGUUCGCCCUCUGUAUUAAAGCCAGCUUUGAAAUUCA